UGUGGGGCCGCCCCUCGCCUCCCUCAGCGCUGCUCUCCUCAGCCUGCGCGCUCCCGCGGCCGCGCCGCCGCCUCCUGCGCGAUCGCCCGGGGGCGGGCGGGUGUUGGCGGCAGCGGACGGUAGCGGACCUUCCCGCCUUGCCGGUGUGCGGAGCGGCGGUUCCGGGCUCGGGGGAGCCGUGCGGGCUCACAGAGCGCUGCCCUCGCCCGGAGCUGCCGGGGCGCUGCCGGGGCGGCCCGUCCCGCCCGGCGGGCGCUGAGGCGGGAAGAGCGGACGCUGCCGACGGCGACAGAUCUCCCUCAGGAAAAACGUUAGAUGAUAAAUUCUGUGUCAGGGAACGGAUACUUAAUGAGCUGGCUGGACUGCUCCGAACUUUCCCAGAAAGUGCAAAUGCAGGAGAUCCUAAGUAAGAAGAUGGGUGAGAAGGGAUCCUGACCGCCCUGCAGUUAAUCCCGGGAAAACGUGAGGCUGAAGAGACGGGCGCUUCACUAUGGAAAAUUGCACUUUACAGGCUAGUUUUCCAAAACUGGACGUGAUUCUGGCAGCUUCGGGGGAAGGAGGGGCUCUUUACUUUCUCUGAAAACCCAUUGUUCUUUCCAGCCACGAGAAAGGCGUGAGACAACUGCGAUGACCGAAAGGAUGGAAUUGCCAGCAGAGGGGAAUUCCCUGAUCAGAGCCGUCUACCAAAGCCGCCUUCGCCUCACCAGGCUGUUACUGGAGGGUGGUGCCUACAUCAACGAGAGCAACGACAGAGGUGAAACCCCUUUAAUGAUUGCUUGUAGGACAAAACAUGUGGACUCUCAGAGUGUCAGCAAGGCAAAAAUGGUUAAAUACCUCCUGGAAAACAAGGCUGAUCCCAAUAUACAGGACAAAUCUGGAAAGACAGCCUUGAUGCACGCGUGUCUGGAAAGAGCAGGGCCCGAGGUGGUGUCACUGCUCCUGAAAAGCGGAGCUGACCCCAGCCUGCAGGAUCACUCCAACUGCUCCGCGCUUGUGUACGCCAUAAACUCCGAAGACAAGGAGACCCUGACAGUCCUUCUUAAUGCCUGCAAGGCACGAGGGAAGGAAGUCAUCAUCAUCACUACGGACAAAUCCCCAUCGGGAAGGCCGAAAACAAAGCAGUACCUGAACGUGCCUCCUGCAGACCCAGAGGAAUGCCAUUCCCCAACUGCCUGUACUUCCCCAUCGGAAAUAGAGCUGAAAACAUCUCCAUCCCCACUUUCAAGUUCAAAUGAAAGUAAAAAAGCACUCUUCAGCUUUAAAGAUCUAGACCAUCCAAGAAGCAUGAACAACUCAUCUCAGACAGUUUCACCGAUGAGAAAAUCCAGCUCAACAAAAGCGGGGUCCAAGCUGGCACAAGUGCAGCGGCUUCAGUCUGAGCCUUGGAGAAAAAGCUCUCCGUCGCUGUUUCACCAGAAUAAAAUUGCCUCUUUACAAGAAGAACUUCAGGAUAUUACUCCAGAAGAAGAGCUCUCUUUUAAAAUCAAUGGCCUUGCUUUAUCAAAGAGAUUCAUCACCAGACACCAAAGUAUUGACAUAAAAGAUACUGCUCAUUUAUUGAAAACCUUUGAUCAAGCUGGAUCAAGGAAAUUCUUAUGUGAUGAGAUAAACUCUCAGACUCCUUAUGCGGAAGAGAAACAUAACCCCAGUGCAAUUCCUUUGGGUAAGGAUGCCAGUUCAGGACAAAUCAGCUUUAUUUCAAACCUCAGCAGUAUUAUCCAGAAAAGAAAUUUGGGAGCAAAUCACUACAGCUCUGAUUCUCAGUUAACUACUAGUCCAAGUCCUAAUACCGCAGAAGACAGCAAGCCAGCGAUAGGAAAGAAAAAGAUUCUUUCUCCAACUCACUCUUUGUUAUCAAGUUCUAGAGAAUUACUGGAGAACAUGCCUCCUGUUACUUUGAGCAGGAGAAAUCAAGGUUUUCUAGAAAGACGGGGGUCAGGAGCCUUAUUGUUGGAUCAUCUUGUUCAGACAAGACCAGGUUUUCUUCCACCACUGAACGUGAAUCCUCACCCCCCAGUUCCAGAUAUUAGUUUUAUAAAUAGGGUUUCUGGGAUGAUUUCUUGUGGACAAAAGCACUUAAUACCAGCAGCACCUGCUUUCCCCAGGGAGGCCAAAAAUACAAAAAUGCUUCUAAGAAGACAGUCAUUACAGACUGAGCAGAUUAAGCAAUUAGUGAAUUUUUAACAGGGGAUUAAAAGGUUACAAAAUUCACUGCACUAUCUGAUAGUAAUGAUGCGUCACAAAAGAUGGCAGGUCUGCAAUGUAGGGCUCUCUGCCUUGCAAUGAGUUAAACAGCUUAGAGACUACCUGAAAAGAUACGUUCAACUAAUGAUGCUGCUUUCUGCAAAAUGAGGAAUAUUUAUCGUACCGUUUUCAUCACGUUUUCAACUUCAGCACUGAAGUUCAACCUGUGACAGGCUGAACACACAAAGGGUCUUAGGCACUGCAGCUCUCAUUUUAGGUUGGAAAUAAUAUCCCUCCAAGGUUUCCCCAAACACGCACUCUUUUUCCAGCCAGAAAGGUGGUACGCAUGGAAUUUGGGAACAAAACAUUUGAGUGUGAUGCUGAACAUCAAACAGACUCUGUCCGAGCUGUGCAAUACCAAGAAAUCUUGAACACAACCAGUGUGCACAAAGGGUGGGCGGUGGCAGGUGUACUCAGGCAGCUACUGCAUGUAGACUGACAACACACAGACUGAAUAGAAUUGAUGUUGCAGAGCUGUGUUCCAUGCACAGCUGCUCCCAGAAGAUCCCAGCUGAGGACUGGGCGCCUGCUUUAGAUGCCGUGCAGCCCACCAGAGAGCUCAAGUUCAGCACACACUGCCAGGGAGAGUCAAGGAGCCAGCAUGGUGAGCGAGAAGUCCUGAGUUAUCUCAUGUAACAUGACCCAACCCUGUUCACACUGUCAGUUAGGCCUGUCAAUCAGCCUGGGCUUCUCAAGCUAUUCAGUUGCUGGAAUCUGCUUAUUUAAAACAAGCAAACAAAAAAAGGCAGCAGCUGUAUCUACAUUGGGGUCCAAUUAUUUUCUGCAGUUCCAGACUCUCAAAAAUCAGAUCUCUGGAUCAUGCAGGGUCUUUCUCCCCAGUCACAGCCCUGGGUUUAUUUUCAAGACAGGAUACAGGUGGUGGGACACACACCCAGAUGGUGUCCUGAUCAGCGAGGACACUUCACACACACACUUGGCAGCAAGGUAAGAGCUCUGUCCUGCUCAUACGUACCUAAAAAAAAAUCUGACAUCUAUGAUACUCACCAGGGAGACCCAAGUCCUCAUUUUGCUUAAUUCAAAGCAGAGGACUGAAUUUCUUACAGAUGAGACACAUGCUUUUGCCUCCAAGCUGUUGCAUAUUUUUUAAAGUAUCUUUAUCUCAAGUCUGUUUUUCCUUUCCAUUUAGUGUUUUGCAGUCCUAAACCCCUACCUUGUCUUUGUGCAUAUUUCAUAGAUGUUGAUUUCUGGUAUUACAUUUAGCAUUUUAUAAAUCACCUGAAGACUGAGAAAUAUUGAAAGUGUUCUGUGUUGUCAUAAUUCACAGAAAUUAAUUGUAUUGAAAUUGUGUCUGUAUAAUGUGAAUUUCUGUAUACUGAGAUACUUUUUUUCUGAAAAUACACAGUGGGUACUGUCUGCCUUCUUGCACCUUCAGUCAAGAUUCACCCAGUCUGGCAUCACCUAACAAAUAACUGUAAUGUUAUUCAGCUUUUCCCUUAGUAUAAGACAACUUCAAGUGGAUUAUAUACAGUCUAUGUAAAUACCUUUUUAUGUAAAAAUAUAAAAAUAUCCAAAAGUUCAUACUAUACAUAUUUUGAAGAAGGGAACAUUUGACUUAUGGGAAAGUAAAGGAAUAUGGUUUACAUCCCUGCACAACAGAAUUGUACACCAAGUGCUGAUCUGAAACAACAUGUUUAAAUCUUGAAAUCAACUUUGCAACAAAAACCUCUCCCAUCUCUAGUGACAGCUGCUAGAAGGCAGGUGCCCUUGCCGUGGAUCCUCUGGCCAACCUCUCAAAGGUAACUACAAUAAAGAAAGAUGCAAAUCUCUAUUGCAGUUGUAAAAAUUAUUUUUUCGCCACCAAAUAUGGCCUUGAAAGCCAUGGUGUCUUUUGCCCUCCCCUUGCAUCAGAGAUCUGCUAACUUGGGAUGUGGCAACUCAGAAGGUCCACAGUGACCUGCACAAUGCCAUCACGUUUCACUUACUCAGAUACGAUUGCCACACUGGUUCAGUCUUUUACCCCUCAAGAUGGAUUGGUGCCAAUCACUACCAGUCGCUUUUUAUUUAUUUCUUUUUUAAUUAGAGAUAGUGUUCGGCCACUCAAAGACACUUGGUAAUUUCUGGAUUGGCUGACAAACCCUGUCUUCUGAACAUACACAAAGAGGUGUUCACUGUCUUAAAACAAAACAAACCCAAACAAAACAAACAAACAAACCCAGCAAUCAAUCAACAUCCGAGUUUGAACAUUAAGCAUACAAAAAUGAGAAAGCUCUGAAAGUGAACUUACGUGCAUUGUAAAAGCCAUUAACAUGGUGAGGGAGUAUUUGGUUAUGUUUCAGUUCUGCGUCUUACUUCAGGAGGUGUUACUGGAUCAUCAUCUAUAUAUUUCAGGUAGGAACAAGGAUUACAUAGAAUCCUUUUUAAGGCAAAGAAAUUAUGUGUAGCAUAUGUCAACAUUACAUUAUUAACUGGGUACAAUAUACUUUCAAAUGUUUUUUAUGAUAUUAUAAAUGGAAAUGUUAUUAUUUUUUUAGAAAAAAUGAAGUAGGAAAUGAGGUGUUCUAACUGGUAUCUUUGCUGAAGGUGUAAAGCCUGAUCUGUGUUGUAUUGAUUUUAAAAUUAACUACACACAUGGGAUUACUGCUCCCUUAAUUGAAAGGGUAAUUUUUUACAAAAUGCUCAAUGGAGGAAAAUGGCAAAUGUCUUGAGAAAUGACAUUCUUUUGUACUGUUGCCAGUAUUUUGUGCUUAAUUUUGAUGCAGAAACAAUGUGAAAGGUUAACAUUAAUGUUUAUUGUUACAAGCAGCCUUCAAAGGAAGAACACUUCCGUUUUGUUCUCUUGAUGUUAUGAUGCACAAGUAAAAGCUAUUUUUCCCCCGUCCAGGGAAUAUGGAAAUAGACAUCCCUAGUAGACAUCUUUAUUCACCACUGAGGAGAUGCUGAGUCACUGCCAAAGGUACUCGCUCGUAAUUGUUUCUCAGGCUGCCUCUACACAGGACAGUUGAACAGUUAAUUAGAUUAACCCAACAUAGCUAAAUUUGUAUUGUGUGAGAGAUGCUCUUCUGUCGGCUUCAUUUCAGCGGAGAUAAAUACACUUCUACCAUCUUUGAAGUCUUAAUCCUCAUGAUUUUCCAGUCAUCCAUAAUGUCUUACAAGCAAAGAACUUGAAGCAAGACCUGAAUUUCUGAUGUUAAUUUCCCCCACCAAAACAUUACAGUUUACAAACAACAAAACACCUGCCAGGUGUUUGUCAUGUAUUUUGAAAACACCACACGCUGGAACUUUUUCCUUGCUGGUUUUCCCAUCCAGAGAGAACCACCUGGACCAGUUCUAACAGCUGACACUGAGGAGUUUCUGAAACUGAGCGCGUAAAAUCCUUAAACAUUUAAGCUAUAUAAAAUGGAAAUGACACUUUUGUAAGCAUUCCUGUUAACGCAAGUUACUCCUUUCAGUAAAACAGGUGACCUGUGCGGUUUUUGAUUUCAAAUGUAUGUGCUAAGUUUGGAUAAGUAAAAAACUUCUUUUUUUUUAUACUUUUUGGUUGUGAUUUUCUCUGCAAAAUGCUGUGAAGCCGUAGUGAAAACAAAUUCUAGAUAAAUAGUGUUAGCAUCACAAAAAACAGUGAUCACCUAAAAGGCUUCAUAGUUUGGUUUAACAAAUUUAAGAACAAUAAGUAAUUACACAAGAAUGCUAUAAAAGAAGCAGUUUUCAAGGUUGUGUUUCAGGCAUGUUGUUCAAAGUAGUUUUCCAAAUAUCCUUCCCUGCACUUUAUGUGUUCUUGCUUUAAGGAGAAAAGCAUUUGGAAUUGCUGUGGUUUGAUUUUUUCUUUUUUUUACAAUUAUGCAUCACUUCCAAAAGAAUAUUUCCAUAAUUUAAUGCAGCUACAGAAGAAAAACAGUGAAUUAAAAGAGACAUUAAGUUAUUUUUGUUUUCUUUUCAACUCUUAAUGAGACCUUCAUCUUUCUGUGUCCGUUAUGCAAUGCAACUAAUUAUUUUCCAGCUAAAAUCAGGCAUUUAUAAAUAAAGAGAUUAUUACAUGAGUAAACCCUUA